AUGUCGGGCGAGGCGUGGUUAUACCUGCUCGCUGUUUUAAUAAAUGCCGUCAAUCUCUUCCUACAGGUCUUCUUCACCAUUAUGUACAGCGAUCUAGAAUGUGACUAUAUCAACCCGAUCGACCUUUGCAACCGUCUGAAUACCUACAUCGUUCCCGAAGCGGCUGUCCACGCAUUCCUCACAUUCUUGUUCGUCAUCAAUGGAUACUGGUUGGCAAUACUGUUGAAUCUGCCUCUCUUGGCUUUCAACGCGAAGAAGAUCAUUGACAAUCAACAUCUACUCGAUGCAACGGAGAUCUUCAGGAAGUUGAAUGUUCACAAGAAGGAAUCAUUCAUCAAACUUGGUUUCCAUCUGGUCAUGUUCUUCUUCUACCUCUACAGCAUGAUUGUCGCGCUGAUUCGGGACGAGUCCAACUGA